AGUGCUAAUUGGUGUUUUUCAACAACCCUGUAUGAUGUGGUCAGGAAGCAAGCACAUGACUUUACCACCAAGCAGAUGCAGUGGUCUCCAAAAUAAUAUGUUCCUUCUGACCAAGUCCUGAUUUCUUAGCAGAAUGACCUGCAGGGCUCAUAUUGAACAAAGCUGGAUUUGCAAACCCUGGAGGAACUAACUGGAAGUAGAAGAAAAAUUCCCAAAUUCUCAUGUGAAUUUCUUUUUAAUCUCCAACAGAAGAAUCCAGUUCUAGCACCUCCAAGCCUAAGCAAGAUGAUCCAGAUGGCCGGAGAGAUUGCUGAUGGCAUGGCAUACCUCAACGCCAACAAGUUUGUCCACAGAGACCUUGCUGCACGAAAUUGCAUGGUGGCUGAAGAUUUCACAGUCAAAAUUGGAGAUUUUGGUAUGACACGAGAUAUCUAUGAGACAGACUACUACCGGAAAGGAGGGAAAGGGUUGCUGCCCGUGCGCUGGAUGUCUCCUGAGUCCCUCAAGGAUGGAGUCUUCACCACUCAUUCGGACGUCUGGUCCUUCGGGGUCGUCCUCUGGGAAAUCGCCACACUGGCUGAGCAGCCGUACCAGGGCUUGUCCAACGAGCAAGUCCUUCGCUUUGUCAUGGAGGGUGGCCUUCUGGACAAGCCGGACAACUGCCCCGACAUGCUGUUCGAGCUGAUGCGUAUGUGCUGGCAGUACAACCCCAAGAUGCGGCCUUCCUUCCUGGAGAUCAUCAGCAGCGUCAAGGAUGAGAUGGAGCCUGGCUUUCGGGAGGUCUCCUUCUACUACAGCGAGGAGAAUAAGCCGCCCGAGCCAGAGGAGCUGGAUCUGGAGCCUGAGAAUAUGGAGAGCGUCCCCCUGGACCCCUCUGCCUCCUCAUCCUCCCUGCCGCUGCCUGACAGACACUCGGGACACAAGGCCGAGAACGGCCCAGGCCCUGGAGUGCUGGUUCUCCGAGCCAGCUUCGACGAGAGACAGCCUUAUGCGCACAUGAACGGGGGACGCGCCAACGAGAGGGCUUUGCCGCUGCCCCAGUCUUCGACCUGCUGAUCCUCGGAUUCCGAGUAACGUGUGUGCACACUCAGCGGCAGGGUGGGGGGAGAGCAAGUUUUCACAAUCUGUUCACAAGCCUCCUGUACCUCAGUGGAUCUUCAGAACUGCCAUUGCUGCCCACGGGAGACAGCUUCUCUGCAGUAAACACAUUUGGGAUAUUCCUUUUUUCAAUAUGCAAGCAGCUUUUUAUUUCCCUACCCAAACCUUUAACUGACAUGGGCCUCUACGAAACCUUCAUGACAACACCUAAUAGCAACGUAACACUUGAGAAUUGACUUUCCUUGGUCUCUGACUCUCCCUGUCUCCCUCCCACUCGCCCUCUCUUCCUUUCUCCCUCUCCUUUUCCUGCUUCAUAAUGGAAAAACAUUUGUCACAAGCCCAGCU